UCUCCACCCCCGGAUGCACCCUGCCUAAUAGUCUUAAGUCCUGAAACCUGCGAUCGGUCAGAAUGGGCCGGGCAGCGGAGCCGCGGAGUCUGCGGAGCGAGUGAAGAGCGGCGCCCCGAGCCACGCACGGGCGGUGGGCGCGCAGGACCCGACCCCCUCGACCCGCGCAGACCGCAGAAAGCCCCGCCGCCUUAGAACGCGUCGCCCGGCUACCGCCAUCGCCAGGGCCGGGUCUGAGCUCCCACCGACAGCACCCCGAGCUCAGUGCAUCCGCAGGCCUCCCCUCCAAUGAUUCAGAAGUCACGCCCGGCGCUGCUGCAGUCUCAAGAUGUCGGAGACAGGGUGGAAACGCUUAUGUUGCAGCCAGUGAUCAAAGCCUUCCUGUGCGGCUCCAUCAGUGGGACCUGCUCUACCCUCCUCUUCCAACCUCUGGAUCUGCUCAAAACGCGCCUGCAGACUCUCCAGCCCACAGCUCAUGGAUCCAGACGCAUUGGGAUGUUGGCCGUGCUCUUAAAUGUGGUUCGCACGGAGAGUCUGUUGGGCCUUUGGAAAGGGAUGGCCCCUUCCAUUGUGAGAUGUGUCCCUGGCGUGGGAAUCUACUUUGGCACCCUCUACUCUUCAAAGCAGUACUUCCUGCGAGGCCACCCACCCACGGCCCUGGAGUCGGUCAUCCUAGGGGUGGGCUCUCGCUCAGUUGCAGGGGUCUGCAUGUCGCCCAUCACUGUGGUCAAGACACGCUUCGAGAGCGGGCGGUACGGCUACGAGAGCAUCUAUGCGGCCCUGCGGAGCAUCUAUCUCAGCGAGGGGUACCGGGGCCUCUUCAGUGGUCUGACGGCAACACUCCUCCGUGACGCCCCCUUUUCUGGAAUCUACCUGAUGUUUUACAACCAGACCAAAAACAUCGUGCUCCGCGAAGACCAGUUGGGUGCAGUCUUUGUUCCCGUUGUAAAUUUCAGCUGUGGGGUAUUGGCCGGUAUUCUGGCCUCGCUGGUAACUCAACCUGCAGAUGUUAUAAAGACUCACAUGCAGCUCUCCCCAAUGAAAUUUCGGUGGAUUGGCCAGGCAGUGGCCCUCAUUUUCAAAGAGUACGGGCUGCGUGGCUUCUUUCAAGGCAGUGUCCCCCGGGCCCUCCGCAGGACUCUGAUGGCAGCCAUGGCGUGGACCGUCUAUGAAGAGAUGAUGGCCAAGAUGGGCCUGAAGUCCUGACCGGGCGAGGACUGGGCGAAGAUGGGAUUGGCUGCCCUGCCUGGUUUCUGCCAAGGACCUUUUCACCUCACUGUCCUGGAGUGAGAUAGAGUCGUAUCUGGAGAGCCAGGCAGAGCCGUCACCUUCAGUUCCCCAGCUCAGGUAGAGGAUGGGGGGAGCCUGACUCAAGCCUUCUGAAUCUCCUAGAAGGGGAGUCACGGAUACAGACAGCACACUGGGGAGUUAGGAGAAGGGUUUGCAUACCCUGCAAGGUACUUGAAAAGACAUUUCCAGAGAGAUCUCCGUUGGGGGGCUCCGCUCAGCCACCCGCUCACCACGGUGCCUCUUUGGAUCUGCUCUUGGGCAAGAAUCAUAACAGUGGGGAAGCCGUGGGCCGCCUGCUGGGGCCGAGGAGUUCCUGCAGGGAGGCUAGGGCUGGGGAGAGAGGAGUCGCUAUCACCAGGCUGAAGGCUGCGUCCGAGGUGAUGUUAGGAUGAGGAAGAAAAGAUGUCACUACUUACUUGGUUCCUAAUCAACUUCUCAGAGGCUCUGGAGAAGGGGGACAGUGACUUCCUAGCCUCUCAGUGCCCAGGUAACAUGGCUUGAUCUCAGCCCCUGCACUGUGUCAAUUCCAAGCUGUUCUGGCUUUUCUCUGCAGCUAAAGUUGUGAUAAAUAAAGCGAAGCACUUUAUCAUGGAAGAACCUAAA